AUGGCGCCAAAAUUCUCCAUCGGGCAGGUCCUGAUCGGUGCAAUGGUCUUUGAAGUCUCGGCAGGCCUACAGAUUCUCGGGGGCGCAGGCGGCGGAGUAAACGGCCUCGCCAAUCUCCUCGCCGGCAACGCCAACAACAUCAACAACAUCGAUCUCGCAGGUCUCGCCGCUGGAAACGGCGCACAAGCCGGGGCUCUAGCAAACCUACUGGCUGGAAAUGCCAACGGAGCGCUGGAUAUUGGCGCCGAACAGGUUGCGGCAGACGCAGCAGAGCUUGCCAAUGCACAGGGCGACGCUGCGGGUGCUGCGGAUGUAGCCAACGCCGGAGAGGUAGCAGCUGCCGAAGACGUAAGCCUCGAAGACUGCCAAGCGCUCGUAGAGGGCGUCGACGUUGCCAACCUUAUUGCGGCUUCCGCCGCGAUUUCCGCGGGCGGCCAAGGUAAUCAGGCGGUGGCGGACGCCUUGACUUUGAUGCAGGAGGCUGCUACGGCUGUGGCGGACCAGGCGACUGCUUUGGCCGAAGCAUGUGCCGCGCUGGGCGUUGUUCUACCCGAUGAUGCCGCUGCGGUUGCCGACGAUGCUGCCGCUGCCGACGAUGCUGCUGCUGCCGACGAUGCUGCCGCUGCCGACGAUGCUGCUGCUGCCGACGAUGCUGCCGCUGUCGAUGAUGCUGCCGCUGCCGACGAUGCUGCCGCUGUCGAUGAUGCUGGAGCGGCCGAAGUUGCUGAGGUUGCGAGUCCCGAGACUGCAGCUAUCGUGGAUGCCGCCGUUGAGUUAGCAGGUGGGGCAUCUGCUGCAGACGUCUCGGUAGCGGAUGCCUCUGUUGAUGCAGCAGCACAAGCUUCCGCUGCAAUCGUUGCUCGUGUCGGCCAGAUCAAGAAGCGCAGCGUUCUCGCAAAUCUGUUCAUGCCUAUUUCCACUUAUUUCGACCCCAGAAUUGAGGAUCAUCUCUCGAAAGUUGGCAUUGGCGCGGAAAAAGACGCCGAGGCCGUACACCAAGAAAAUAUUGCCAAAGCGCCGAAAUAUAUCCAUGCGAUCCUCGACUCGUCCGAUCACCGAUUCAAGAAGCUUUCGUGUCCGCGCUUAGGCACCAACCGAUACACCUACCUGCGUCCCCAGGCCGCCACGAAGCCGACCUAUUUCUUCGCGCUCAACCUCAUCAAUGUCGCCUCCCUCCUGCCCCGUUUGAUGGGCUCAAUCGUCGAGACGCUGCGCUUCCUCGGCCCCCAGAACUGUGUCGUUUCCAUCGUCGAGGGCUUCUCCACGGAUGGGACAUGGGAGAUCCUCGAAGCCCUAGGCCCCGAUAUUGCGAAACUAGGAGCCGAAUACCACUUCAUCCACAGUGACAUCACGCCCACUGACGGGCACCGGAUCAAGCGUCUGGCCGAGCUGCGAAAUCUCGCCCUAGAACCGCUGCUAAGCAACUCGACAAUGUACGAGGAGGAUACCACCGUCAUCUUUCUCAACGACGUGGCCAUUUGCAGCGAAGAUAUCCUUGAACUCAUACACCAGAAGAAACAUACCAAGGCAGACAUGACGUGCGGGAUGGAUUGGUCCCACAUGAAGAACUACCCUACCUUUUACGAUCAAUGGGUCGCACGAUCCAUUAGCGGCAAUUCGUUUUUCUAUAUCGAUCCUGCCACCGCAGACUGGGACCACGCCCGCGAACUCUUCUUCGACGACCCCGUUGGGUCAGAACGCUUCAACAACAACCGACCAUUGCAGGUAUUUGCGUGUUGGAAUGGUGGGGUUGUCUUUGGAGCCCGUGCUAUGGUCGAAGGCGGAAUUCGGUUCCGUGAUGGCUACGAAGGCGAGUGUAGAAUGGGCGAACCGACGUACUUUUGCAAAGACAUGUGGAAGGCAGGUUACGGCAAGAUCGCCGUCGUCCCCACCGUGAACCUCGAGUACGACAACUCACAUGGCCAGUGGGUCAAGGAUAAGAAGGGCUACGUCAGCGACCUCGUCUGGAGCGACGACGGCGCUGCCGACAUGAUCGAGUGGAAGGGUCCGCCGGAACAAGUGCUUUGCAUGCCGGGAUGGGACCAGCAAAGUUGGUUACCUUGGGACGAAUCCCUCGAUCGGGCGCCUGGCGAGAAAGAACAAGAAUAA